AUGGCGAAAACAUCAGAGGUUCUCAAUCUCUCGUUCCUACUGGACCAUGAACGAGACACGAUCCUGAGCGUCCUUCAGAAAGAUGAAAAACUCCGCAAACGAGAAGAGAAACGCAUCAGGAAGCUGAAAAAUGAGUUGUUGGACCUGAAGCGUGCUGGUCGUGGGGUCAGUAAUCAUGGCAACGAAGAGCAGCGUGUGUGUAGGGUGUGUUUUCGGGCGCUGGGUCUCAUUCUGCAGAGAGGCAGCGUCUGUGAUGUCUGUCAACUGCGCGUCUGCAGCUUCUGCAUGGCCACGCCCCCAAACAACAACCACAACAAAUGCGUCAUCUGUGCAAAGACUGCGGAGCUAAGGGUGGUGACAGGAGAGUGGUUCCUGGAGGAGCGGUCUAAGAGGUUUAAAAAGAAGGUUGUGUCAAGCAGUGAUGUAGUCAAACAGUCCUUACUCAGCACACCAGCAGAUGUAGGAUCUGUCAGCCAGAAGUCCUCCCCAUCAGGACUGGAGAGAUCUGCUGUGGCCUGGUCUGAGCGGUCAGCCUCUCCCCAGUCUGAGAAAAGCACUGGUCGCAAUGGGGCCAAGAGGAAUGGCAGAAAAGUGUUGGCUGUAGAGCCAUCGGGGGUGGUGACUCUGCCAAAUAACCUGAGGACACAGUCAGGCCUGUCACACGCAGAGGGCAGGAGAAAGCCUGAUGGGGCUGAGAGUGUGUGUAGUUUUCACAGUUAUGACAGUAUUCCUGAUAGGACUGGCAAUGGGCGCCACCAAACGACUUCAGCCACACCCUCUAUUGCUGUAUCCAGAGCUUCACUUUCAUCAGACCGCAGUCGCUCAGAGGUAGACCUCAGUGCUCCAGGAGAGGAUCCUGUUGAGGAUUCUCUGAUUAGCCGAUCUCGCUCGGUUCCAGGACUGAAUGAAGGGGAGUCAGAUGAGGACAUAGAUGCUCUGAUGUCAGCUCACUAUAGAACCAGCAGGAGUAUUGGCAGCGCCCAGUCUACGUCCUCCACUCCUGACAGAAAGUGGAACUACCUUAACGUACCUGACUCUGAUGCUGAGACUAGUAGUCUGAACAGUAUGAUGAGUGUAUACAGUGAGUCUGGUGACUAUGGCAACGCCCGUGUUUCCGGGGAGAUUCUGCUGGGUAUCUCUUACAGCUAUAAAACAGGAGCUCUCAAUGUCCUCGUCAAAGAGUGCCGCUGCCUAGCAACGGGAGACGAGAGGAGACAACGCACAGAUCCCUAUGUUAAAGUGUAUCUGCUACCAGAUAAAUCACGACAGAGUAAGAGAAAGACCAGCAUCAAAUCUAACACGACUAACCCAGUGUUCAACGAGAACCUGAGGUACGUGGUCAGUCAUUCUCAGCUGGAGAUGCGGACGCUGCAGGUGUCUGUGUGGCAUUACGAUCGGUUUGGACAUAACAGUUUUCUGGGAGAGACGGAGCUGACCUUUGAUUCCUGGGAGUUUGACACGCAGAUUGAGGAAUGGUUCACUCUGCAGCCUAGGAUGGAGUGCAACGUGGAUUCGAUGAUGCAGUAUAAAGGAGAGCUGACUGUGGUUCUGAAAUAUAUACCAGCAGAGAGGAACCUCACACUGCCUCUGGACCAGGUACAAGUGAAGAAGGGCUUUUUGAAAGGAAAGAAGAAAAGCAUUACUCUUCCCAAAGGAGGGAUGGUAGAGCUAUUAGUCAAAGAGGCAAAGAACCUGACAGCUGUCAAGUCUGGGUCAGCAGACCCCUUUGUCAAAGGGUAUCUAUUACCAGAUGACAAGAAAAGCACGAAGCACAAGACGGAGGUGGUGAAACGCACUGUGAAUCCACGUUGGAAUCACACCUUCACUUACUGUGGCCUGCAGCCCAGUGACCUGGACAGUGUUUGCUUGGAGCUGACCGUCUGGGAUAAAGAACCCUUGGCUAGCAAUGUCUUCCUCGGUGGAGUCCGUCUUGGAGCAGGGACUGGUCUAAGUUAUGGGAAGGAGGUAGACUGGAUGGACUCAUUUGGGGAAGAGCAGCGGCUAUGGCAACGCAUGAUUGAAAACCCAGAGGUUCCCCAGGAGUGCACACUCAUGCUGAGAUCGAGCAUGGCCAAGAGAAAGACAUGA